CACCUUCCAUUUUUCUUUCUGCAUGUCUUAUGUACUGUAAUGGAUGUCCUUGUGUUUCGGUUAUUCUCUUCCGCUCGCCUCCGAGCACAAACGCAUUCAAUACCGUGUCACCUUCGUGCCGCCCUGUCUCGUCUAUAAGUAAUUGGUAACAAUACAGCUUAUGAUCGUAGUCGGAGAACUUUGAUGAUCUGUUUGGAAUUAUGACGGUCUUCAGGUUCACUUCUGGUGUAAUACUAGGCUUGGUUUUGACUGUUUUAGCUGUCAGAGCAGCUCCUGACGAAUCCCUCGUUACUCACGUACCGGGCUUUGAUGGCACUUUACCCUCUAGUCAUUAUGCAGGGUAUGUGGCCAUAGAGGGGAAUCCUGGAAAGAAGAAUUUGUUCUACUAUUUCAUCGUGUCCGAAAGGAAUCCUAGCAAGGACCCUGUAGUACUGUGGCUUAAUGGAGGACCUGGUUGCUCCAGCUUGGACGGUUUUGUUUUUGAACAUGGACCAUUUAAUUUCAAAGCAGGAAAGUCAAACGGAAGCUUGCCUAUACUUCAGCUCAAUCCCUUCAGCUGGUCUAAGGUCUCCAACAUUAUCUAUUUGGAUUCUCCAUGUGGAGUGGGUUUAUCAUACUCUGACGAUCCACGCAAUUAUGUGACGGGAGACCUUCAAACUGCCUCUGAUACGCAUGCCUUUCUUCUCAAGUGGUUUGAGCUCUAUCCAGAGCACCUUUCAAAUCCAUUCUAUAUAUCAGGAGAGUCAUAUGCCGGAGUUUACGUGCCAACUCUUGCCUCCAAAGUAGUAGAAGGAAUUAAGAAAGGUGAAAAGCCUCUUAUCAAUUUCAAGGGUUACCUCAUUGGUAAUGGGAUUGCAGAUGACGAAUAUGAUGGCAAUGGCCAUGUGCCUUUCUUAUUCGGUAUGGCGCUGAUCUCAAGCAACAUCUUUGAGGAUUGUCAGGCUACAUGUAAAGGGAAGUUUCAUGACCCCCCAAAUGACCAAUGCCGAAAGAAUGUUCUCAAGGUUUACGCGGCUAUGACAGGUUUAAAUAGGUAUGACAUUCUCGAGCCGUGCUACCAUUACCCAGGUGACAAGGUCAUGAGUCUGCCUUUUGGCCUCCAUCAGUUAGGGGCGACUGAGAAGCCUCUCUACACGAGAAAAAGAAUGUUUCUUUGGCCAUCAGAAAAAGAGAACACCCUCUCGUCAAGUCUCCAAUCAGAGAACUUGUUUCACAUCCCAUGCGUUAAUGACGAUUUGGCUACUGCAUGGUUAAAUGACGAAGCAGUUCGAGAAGCAAUCCAUGCAGCACCAGCAAGUGUGGCAGGUCCUUGGGAGAUAUGCGCCAAUAGAGUGAGGAUAAAUUAUACCAUUGAUACAGGAAGUAUGAUCCCGUACCACAAAAGUUUGAUUUCUGAGGGAUACAGGGCACUUAUAUACAGUGGAGACCAUGAUGCACGCGUACCUUACACUGGCACUCAAGCUUGGACCAGGUCACUUGGACACAAAAUUGUUGACGAAUGGAGGUCGUGGAUCUCCAACGAGCAGGUUGCUGGGUAUCUGCAAGGGUAUGACCACAACCUCACAUUCCUGACUAUCAAGGGAGCGGGACAUACGGUCCCUCAAUACAAGCCGCGGGAAUCAUUGGAUUUCUAUACUCGUUGGUUAGAUGGAAAACCAAUCUGACAUUACUACAUUGCCUCUGGUUCACUCAAUCGGAAUCCUUCUACCAUUUAGGCUAAAAGCAGGACAACUAGAACUUAUGUACUCGAAAAGUUCAUCAAGUUUUCAAUAAGAUCUCGCUUUGCGGUU